GACCUGAACCAACACUUAACAGGCAUGUUAAUUUACCUCUAGAUGCAUGUUAAUUUACCUCUAGAUCAAAUGCUAAUCAACUAGAUAACAAGCUUGAAAAUUGUUUGAUGUCUGGCUAUGAUUUAAAUACCUUUAUCCAAUUAUCCUUCAUUUUGUUACACCAAAUGGUCAAAACUGGUGUGAGUGUGGGACUGGAUUAAACAAUGGAGACUGGACAGUGUGGCCUCAUUGGCUAUUCUACUUUACGGAUGGGUGGACAUUGUUUAAUCCAAUCGUUCUACGCGUGGGAAACAUUACGAGGAAACUUCCUCGGCCCCUUUGCUUUGCUUUAUUAGUGAUUUGAGAAUCCAAUGAAUUCUGCCUCUUUCUUCUUCGAAGCCCAGAAACUCUUUCACUGUCUCUCUUGUUAUCUCACAGCUUUCAAUGGUGAUCAUUCAAGAAGCCUCUUCUUCUUAUCCAUGGAAAUACCAUGUCUUUUUGAGUUUUAGAGGUGAGGAUACCCGCAAUAAUUUCACAGGCCAUUUGUGCAGCGCUUUGCGUCAGAAUGGAAUCACCACCUUCAUGGAUGAUCAGCUCAGAAGAGGAGAAGAAAUAUCAACAGCACUUCUCCAAGCAAUUGAACAGUCGAGGAUUUCAAUCAUUGUGUUCUCUAGAAACUAUGCAUCCUCCAAGUGGUGCUUGGAUGAACUAGUCAAGAUCCUCGAGUGCAAGAAAUCAAAUCAACAAUUGGUACGACCAGUUUUCUACAAAGUCAAUCCCUCGGAUAUACGAAAUCACAGAGGUAGCUUUGCGGAGGCACUUGCUAUUCAUGAAUGCAGAUUCAAAGAUAACCCGGACAAGGUUCAGAAAUGGAAGGAUGCUCUCUCAGAAGCAGCACAUUUGUCAGGGUGGCCUGUUAGGGAUGAGCAUUGCUCUGAAUCCAGUGUUAUUCAUGAAAUUGUUAAAGAGAUUUCAGAGCAAGUUAUACACAGUACAUUUAUGGAUGUGGCCAAGUACCCAGUAGGAAUAAAACCUCGGGUGCACAAGAUCCAUAAGCUUUUAGGUGUUGAGGGAAAAGACGUUCAUGUGGUAGGGAUAUGGGGUGCUGGUGGAAUAGGUAAGACAACAAUUGCCAAAGAUGUCUAUAACUCGAUUGCUCAUGAGUUUGAGGGGAGUUGUUUUUUGGAAAGUGUUCGAGAAAAUUCAAUGCUUGAUAGAGGCUUCAUCAAAUUACAAGAAACACUUCUUUGUGAGAUUCUAAAGGAAACAGAAUUGAAGGUGACCAGUGUAGCUAGAGGAAUUACUAUGAUCAAGGAAAGAUUGCAGUACAAAAGGGUUCUUUUGGUUCUUGAUGAUGUGAAUGACAUGGAUCAGUUGAACAAUUUAGCUGGUAAACCUAGUUGGUUUGGUAAGGGUAGUAAAAUCAUCAUAACAACAAGGGAUAAGAAAUUGCUGAGAGGUCAUAGUGUUAAUUUAAUAUACGAGGUCAAGGAAUUGAAUCAUGAUGAAGCUCUAGAGCUUUUUAGUAUGAAUGCCUUUCAAAGAAGUCGACCUUUGGAUGGUUAUGCAAAACUCACAGAACGUGCAAUAUGCCAUGCUAAAGGUCUUCCAUUAGCUUUGACUAUUUUAGGUUCUUCUCUAUGCAAUGAAAGUGUAGAGCAAUGGGAAGCUGCAUUAGAUGGUUUCAAAAGCAGCAAAAUUCAAGAUGUUUUAAAAAUAAGCUACAAUGGAUUGGAUCAGAGAGUGAAGGAAGCUUUUCUUGACAUUGCAUGUUUCUUUAAAGGUGAAAAUAGGGAACACGUGAUAAAAAUAAUAGAAGCUUGUGGCAGCAAAAAGCAUGAUAUUGAUGUGCUCAUAGACAAGGCCCUCAUCAAUAUUAGAGACAUGGAUUGCAUUUGGAUGCAUGACUUGCUAGAAGAACUGGGUAGAGAUAUAGUUCACAAAGAGUCGCCCAAUGACCCUGGAAAGCGUAGCAGGUUGUGGUUUCAUAAAGAUGUUUACCAUGUUCUAACAGAGAAUACUGGAACAGCCAAUGUUAUAGGCAUCAAGGUGGAGCUGGCCAAAGAUCCAGAUGUGAUAUGUUUAAGUGGGACCACUUUCUCCAACAUGCGAAAUCUUAGACUUUUCAUACACCGUGCUGGAUGCUAUUCUGGCGCUGUUGAUAGUCUGCCAAAUAGCUUGAGGGUAGUUGAUUGGCCUAAAUAUCCCUUACAAUUUUGGCCAUCCAAUUUAAUUCCAAGAGAACUUGCUCUAAUCAAUAUGCCUGGCAGUCGCAUCAAAGUAAUGGGAGAUAGAUACAUGCAUCUGAUAAAUCUGACAUCAAUAAAUCUAACUGGUUGUCAGUACCUAACGAAAGUGUCAGACUUAUCGGGAAGCCCAAACUUACAACGUUUGAAUCUAGAUUUCUGUGGAAGUUUAGUUGAAGUGCAUCAUUCCGUUGGAUUCCUCGAUAACCUUGAGUAUUUGAGUCUACUCCACUGCUCUAGGCUUGAGACUUUUCCCACGGAAGUUAGCUGGAAAUCCACGAGGAAGCUUCAGCUUUUCGGGUGUGAAAGGCUUGAGAAUUUCAUAAAAAUUGUGCACAAGAUGGAGUCCAUUAAAACAUUGAAUCUAAUAGAUAGUGGCAUAAAAGAACUGCAGUCAUGGAUUGGAUGUUGCAUUUCCUUGGAAGUUUUGAAGUUGAGUGGAACUUCAAUCAAACAACUGCCCUUAACGAUUGGAAAUCUUACUUCUUUAAGAAAAUUGGACCUGUGUAGAACUCCCCUUAAGGAAUUGCCUCCAUCGAUUGGGUAUCUCACUUCUUUAAGAGAAUUGAAUCUGUCUGAGACUCACAUCAAAGAAUUGCCUCUAUCAAUUGGGGAUCUCACGUCCUUGGUGAGUUUGAACGUUUCUGAAACUUCCAUCAGAGAACUGCCCUCUUCAAUUGGGAAUCUCACGUCCUUGGUGGAAUUGGACGUUUCUGAAACUCUCAUCGAAGUAUUGCCUUUGUCAAUUGGGAAGCUCACUUCUUUAAGAGAAUUGGAGCUGUCGACUCACAUCAAAGAAUUGCCUCUAUCAAUUGGGGAUCUCACGUCCUUGGUGAGAUUGAACGUUUCUGAAACUUCCAUCAGAGAACUGCCCUCUUCAAUUGGGAAUCUCACGUCCUUGGUGGAAUUGUACGUUUCUGGAACUUCCAUCAGAGAACUGCCUUCUUCAAUUGGGGAUCUCACGUCCUUGGUGGAAUUGGACGCUUCUGAAACUCUGAUUGAAGAAUUGCCUCUGUCAAUUGGAAAUCUCAAUCGCCUUUGCCGUUUAUUUCUAAGAGGAUGUGCAAACCUUACAAAUGUGCCGCACAGUGUUUACGGAGGGCUGCAACAUCUAGAAUGGCUAGAACUCUCUUGGUGCCCAAAGCUGGUUACAUUUCCAGGUAGGGCGAGCGCUUUGGUUUCAUCAACUGCAGAAUCUCUUCCUUCGAUGCUUCCAUCUAAUUCCAACAAUGGGCAUGAUCAUCCUGGUUCAUUAUUGUUUCCCCAGCUACAGGAUCUAGGAUUUGAUGGAUGCCAAUUAUCAGUGGUCUCUGAUUUCCUAACGAAUCUUGACUGGGCGUCCACAUUAGGGACUCUUGUUCUAUCAGGAAGCAGUUUUGAUAGUCUUCCGGCAUGCAUCAGCAAAUUUCAGAGGUUGUAUUAUCUUGAUUUAAGUGGUUGCAAGAGGCUUCGAGACGUUUCAGAACUUCCACCAACUAUACGAGAAAUAAAGGUGGAUGAUUGCGUAUCGUUGGAAAGAUUUUCAAAAUUGUCAAAUAUACUGGAACAGAAAGACACUCCGGGACGUCUUCGCGGGAUCCACUUGUCUAAUUGCAAUAGACUGAUGGAUAAUCUUGGCAUGGACGUGGUGUCGAAGAUGGCAAAAGCAUUACCGUAUCAGCUGGUGCAUGCCGGCUUACAUCAGCAUGUGAAGUGCUGGAAUCUUAUUCUUCCAAGCCUCCAGGAAAUUGAAGUUCCAAAUUGGUUUGAUGGGGGUGAGCUGGACACAAGUGUGCUUCCUCGUCAUGAAACUGAGGAUGGUAUAUGUGAAAUUUUGAUAAAAAUCCCCAGGAAUCUGAAGGCUGAGAGAAUAGGAUUGGUUGUCUGUCUUGUUUUUGAUCUUACCCAUGAGUUUUUCGAUGAUUUUCCAUAUGAUUAUGGUUGUUCUGUGUGGAUUGAUAAAAAGCAUUAUUACGAUAAUGGCCACUAUAUUGAAUUAAAAGCGACAGAGUCAUCAGCUCAUGAUCCUGUAUUAGUGCAUCUGACAUGUAUUGCUUUCAAGGAGCUAGAGGUGUUGGAUCCUGUGGUUCGAGUGUCCCGCCCUGCCAGAGGGUUGCUCCUAAAAAGUUUCGGGGUCCACCUGCCUAAUAUGAAAGAGGAUCAUGUAAGUGGUGAAGACCUGGCACGAGAAAGAUAUAGGCAGAGCAAUGCUAGCAUUUCUGAUCAGGUGGCUUUGCACGCAGAAGGGGCAGCUGUAGCAUCAUUAGUAUCAGAUGACAGCAAUUACGGGGAAGUACACGAUGAUCAUCAUGAUGAGGAACAAGAACGAGAACAGGAACCUCAUCUUCCAACAAAAAGAUUUGAAGACUUGGCAAGACAAAAAAACAUAGGCAGAGCAAUGUUAGCAUUUUUGAGGUGCUUUGGAAUUACCUGCUUGUGAUUUUGGUCACGCACAAGCUUCAGCUAGCUCUAGUAUAAUCAUCAUCAAGUACCGAUUGAGGCCUUGAAGUACACUAUGAUCGAUCAUUAAUACUUGGAUUUCAGAAGAAGAUUUUUAUUUGCCAAAGUUUAUCCCGAAAGAUGGCAAUUGAUGGUGAGAGGGGCAGAGGCACCAAUUAAUCUGGACUCAUGUAAUGGUCAAAUCUCGAUCAAUCCACACGAACAAGGCUGGGUUUGUUCUUCAAUUUCAAUUUGUGUUUGCUCAUUGGUUGUCUGGCGUUUUACUUAUUUUUAAUUUUUA